AUGGCUAUUCCGGAAGAAUGCACCGUACUCGUUGUCGGUGGAGGGCCUGCAGGGUCAUACGCCUCAUCCGUACUUGCACGUGAGGGUAUUCACACCGUCAUGCUGGAGGCUGACACAUUUCCUCGUUAUCAUAUCGGAGAGAGCAUGCUUCCUUCGAUGCGCCAUUUUUUGCGAUUUGUCGACCUUGACGAAAAGUUCCGUAAUCAUGGGUUUCGUGUCAAGAACGGCGCCACUUUCAAGUUGAACUCUAAACCCGCAACAUAUACCGACUUCCUCGCACCCGCAGGUCCUGACGGGCACUCAUGGAACAUCAUCCGCUCCGAGGCAGAUCAGCUUCUCUUCGAGCAUGCUCGAGAGAGCGGCGCGACCGUCUUCGAUGGUGUCAGGGUGAAAGACAUUGAAUUUGUUCCGCACGCGUCCAGCCCGUUAGGCAAGCCAGUGUCGGCCUCGUGGUCGAGAAACGAUGGCAGCAGUGAAAACAUCCGGUUCAAAUACCUCCUCGACGCAAGCGGGCGUGCUGGUAUUAUAAGCACCAAAUACAUGAAGAACCGACACUUCAACCAAGGACUGAAAAACCAAGCAGUCUGGGGCUACUGGGAAGGAGCUAGCAUCUAUGGCGAGGGAACCAAGGGGGAAGGAGACCCUCUCUUCGAGGCAAUUUCAGACGGUAGUGGAUGGAUCUGGACCAUUCCUCUGCACAAUGGGACCACCUCGGUCGGCGUUGUAAUGAACCAAGCCAGUUACGCUGAGCGCAAAAGGCAGACAGGAUUGCUCUACAGCACCGAUCUAUACACUAAGAUCAUUCAAGAAGCACCUACAACCAGUUCACUAGUCGCCAAUGCACGUCUUAUUUCAGAAGUUAAGUCCGCCUCGGACUGGUCCUACAGCGCGUCGGCAUACGCCAGCCCAUAUCUGCGAAUUGCCGGCGAUGCAGGUUGCUUUAUCGACCCUUUCUUCUCGUCAGGGGUGCAUUUGGCUAUGCUAGGCGGUCUCUCGGCGGCAGUCACUAUUUGCGCAUCUAUGCGAGGUGACUGUGACGAAGAUGCUUCAGUCAAAUGGCACACAGACAAGGUUUCUGAGGCAUACACUCGAUUUCUGUUGGUCGUGAUGGUUGUUCUCAAGCAGAUUGAGAAUCGCGAGGAACCGGUUAUUCAUGACUGGGACGAGAAGAGUUUUGAUCGAGCGUUUGCUUUAUUUAGGCCUGUCAUCCAUGGCACUGUCAAAGACAACAACAGUAAGCUUACUCAGGCUGAGAUCGCACAUACGAUCGACUUCUGCGCCCACGCUUUUCAGAUGGCGCCGACUCAGGAACAAAUCUCGCUUUUGCAGAAGCUGCGUGAACUUAUCAGCCAAGAUAAGAGCAUUGAUGUACUCGAGAAGUCGCUCUCGCCGGAGGAGCACCAAACCCUUAAUGCCAUUCGCGCUAGACAAAUGAUGCGCAUGGAAGAUGUGUUGCGGAUCGACAAUUUCAGCAACGAUGUGAUCAAUGGGAUGGUACCGAGCCUGAAACGAGGUUCCUUGGGCCUUAGGGAGUAUACAAGUGACGAUGCCGCGGGCAAUGCCAAUCUGAUGGCUCCUUUAGGUCUCAAGGACAAGAAGCACUCGAUGGAAAUCCUGUUUUGA